UGACUUACAAGUAUUAUUUUGUUCUGGGACCAAGCUCCUAACUCAAUAUACUCCUAUGUUAAAUAAAUUUUCCCCAUUGAAAUUCAUUGAAAUGCCAUUAAUUGUGACUUUGACGCAAAUAAUAUUUGCUUUUGUGACACCUCAAAUUCUAAAACAAAAGCAAGACUGUGAAAGGGCUUGAGGUAAAAUGUGCCGUAAGCAAUGCUCUUUCAGUGCAUGGCUUGAGUUGAACGUCAGUGGCUUUUUUUUUACAUGAUCUUCGCCAUUCGCACCGUGAUCUCACAAUUGCAGCACACACUUUCCACUACCUACCACCACACAUACUAUGUUUAUACCAUCCAUAUACAUACUCUGUUCGAGUGUGCGGUUCCUAAACUUGUCAGAAUGCAACAUGUUGGGAUUUCUCUCCCCCAUAAUUGAUGUGACAAGCGAUUUGCCGCCUAUUCUUUAACUUCGACUCAAAAGUUGUGCUGAUCUCAAAUCCAAAGUGAUGCGAUGCUCCCAUCUACUGGCAUUUCUUAGUCAUAACAGCAGCUUGCAUUUCACAGACAACCUGGGCAAGACCCACUUCCACACCUACCUCUUGCUAAAUGUGCUUGAUGAAAAAUGUGUGACGGGUGGCUGUAGUACAUUUUUGAUUAUCUUUUGGUUUUGGAGCAUAUCAGCAAUAUAAAUGUUAAUGUCUGCGGGAAAAGAACAAUCUCUAAUGUUGUUCCUGAGCCAAGCAAGGAGGACGAGGCUGAGAAGGAUGUCGAGGGUCGAUGCACAAGCUGUAAAUGUCACUGGGGAAAUCAAGACUGACUGCUUGUAUGCUCGGGCUCCCGCAUGCUGUCGGACACGAGACGAAGACAUGUCUGCGAGCUAGCAAGCCUUGCGGAGGACUCCCCUCUCAGCACCUGCAGCCAUGAACGGUGGAUCCAGCGUUGUGUGGUCCAUCACUCCAGAGGAGCGGGGGAAACACGACAAGCAGUUUGACACCUUGGCCUCAGUCUGCGGCUAUGUCUCGGGUGAACAAGCUAGAGGAUUCUUCCUGCAGUCGGGCCUGCUGCCGUCGGUCCUGGCUGAAAUCUGGAACCUGGCCGACAUGGAUGGCGACGGCAAGAUGGACAGACAAGAGUUCUCCAUCGCCAUGAAGCUCAUUAAGCUGAAGCUGCAGGGCCGAAGUUUACCCGCUGCCCUUCCGAUGGUCAUGAAACAGCCUCCUGUCGCUAAUGUCCCUUCGUCAGCCCGCUUUGGGAUGGGCUCUUUGCCAAACCUCUCUGUUGCCAUGCUGCCAUCCAUGUCCACCAUGUCCAUCCUAACCCCUAUCCCAGCUAACCCUCCUGUGCGACCGGCGACGCCCAUGAUGACGCUGCCUCUCGUCGCCCCGCUGGGAAACGCCGGCUUUGCCCACUGUCACCUGCACCUCCUCGGCCCUGCGCCUCCCAUCACUGCAGGCCUUCCUCACUCGGGUUUUUCCUCCCCGCUGACGUUUUCUCCACCUGGCAGCAAUAGCAUGUCUCACGCCAAUUCUCUUGUGGACCUAGGAUCCAGCAGCUCCAAUUCUUCGUCCACCACUUCACUGGCCAGCAACUCUCCCAAGACGGCGGCGGGGUUGAGCGACUGGGCAGUACCGCAAGCAUCCAGACUCAAGUACCGGCAGCAGUUCAACACGCUGGACAAGCUCAUGAGCGGCUACUUAUCAGGACCUCAAGUGAGAAAUGCACUGAUUGCAUCCAACCUUACACAAACUCAGCUGGCUACAAUCUGGAACCUGGCAGACGUGGACAAAGACGGCCAGCUGAGGGCUGACGAGUUCAUCCUGGCCAUGCAUCUGGUGGACAUGGCCAAGACCGGCCGCCCGCUCCCGCUCACCCUGCCCCAAGACCUCAUACCUCCUUCUCUGAGAGGAGGCAUCAAGUGCAGUGACCUCGUCAAUGGCACCGGACCUUACAGUAGCCCCACUUUAAUAGACACACUGGAGAUAGAACCCAUACUGAAGAACAAGAACAGUGUGACCUUCGAGGACAAGCUGAAGGAGAACUUUGCACGGGGCAGUGCCGAGCUGGAGAAGCGGAGGCAGGCCCUGGAGGAGCAGCAGAGGAAGGCUCGAGAGCGCAGGACGCGCGAGGAAAGGGAGCGGCAGGAGAGGGAGACCCGCGAAACGGAGCAGCGCCGCAGGCUGGAGGAGGAGCGGCGCUUGGAGAGGCAGCGCGAGAUGGAGCGGCAGCGCGAGGAAGAAAAGCUUAAGGAGAUAGAGAGGAAGGAGGCAGCCAAGCAGGAGCUUGAGCGCCAGCGGCGGGAGCAGUGGGAGCGCAGCCGUAAGGAGGAGCUGAGCAGGACACGUGAGGGGGGGCACCAGGAACUCUCUCACCUCCGGGCCAAGAAGAAGAGUCUGGAAUUAGAGCUGGAGGAUGUGGGCAGCAAGCACAAGCAGAUCUCCGACCGCCUGCGCGACGCCCAGAGCAAGAGGCGCAUCCGGAAGGCCGAAGUGGAGCUCAUCAAUCAGAAAAGAGAUGAGCGCAUUGUGGAGAUCAAUGCGCUGCAGCUUCAGUUUGAGGAAUGGCAGAUGAAGCUCUCUUUCCUUGUUCCUGAGCAACAGAAGCUGACUGAGAAGCUGCGUAACAUGAACCUCAGCAAACUUUUACCGGUGACAUUGGCCUCCGUGGCUGCCAACAUGAGCGACAAAGGCGUCAACUGUCGCAGGCUGAAGGACCAGCUGGACGCCCUACAGAAGGAGACCAAAGACAAGCUAGCACAGAUGGAACAAUACAACAAAGAACUCAAGCUUGAGGACAUGGAUGACUGUCUCCUGCGUGCAUUUCUGUCUCUGCUGGCCUGUCUCAGCCAACUCUUUCUUCUCUUCAAGGAGCUGAGGGAGAGGCAGGCCAAGCAGCAGUCCGUCCUGGAUGACUUGCACCGCGUCAAGGAGGAGAAGCUGCGGGAGUUGAAGAGACGCAGGGAAGAGGAGGAGGAGCAGCAAAGGCAAAGGAGGAUCGAGGAAGAAGAGAGGCGGAGGAAGGAGGAAGAGGAGGAGCGGGAGAGACAGAGGAAAGAGGAAGAGGAAAAGGAGAGACGGCAGGAAGAGGAGCGGGAUAGACGGAAGAAAGAGGAAGAGGAGCGGGAGAGACAGAAGACAGCAGACGAGGAGGAAGCCAGGCAGGCAAAGCUGGAGCAGGAGAGGAUGGCGAGGGAGGAGGAGGCGCGUCAGAGGGACGAAGAGGAGCGAAAAAGGAGGGAGGAGGAGAAAAAGAAGAAAGAGCAGGAGGAGGCACAGGCGGCCUCAAAAGUGACCGUUUACAGAGCGCUGUACUCCUUCGCAGCUCGCAACAAGGACGAACUGAGCAUCGACGCCGACUGUCUCAUCGAGGUGGACGAGCAGACGGUGGGCGAGCCGGGCUGGCUGUACGGGAGUUACCGUGGAAACAAGGGCUGGUUUCCUCACAGUUACGCAGAGAAAUUCACAGAGAGCGGCCUCUUGUCCCCCGGACCGACUUCUUGUCCACCGCUGCUUCCUGUCUCCAGAGUAACAGAUGGCGAACUAACAGGCGACAACAGCGUUCCUCCUCUUCAUUCAGACACAUCGCAGUUUCCAGUUCCUAUCCUGACCAAGGUCAUGUCGCCCUGGUCACUCGCCAACACCACCACUGCCUCCUCCGAAACACACUUCAACCUCCCGCUCGGCGAGGGUGAAAUUGGGACAGACAUGGACCCACUGGACGGAGGUGACGCUGUUCAACUUGAAGAGUAUGUGGCGCUGUACACGUACGAGAGCCCGGAAGCGGGCGACCUCACCUUUGAGGAAGGUGAUGUUAUCGUGGUAAUGGAGCGGGAAGGGGAGUGGUGGCAUGGGUGCAUCGGUGACCAAACCGGCGUCUUCCCGUCCAACUAUGUAAAGCCUUUGGAGCCAGAGGUGUCAAGACCUGGUGGGCCAACCAAGAAGCCUGAGAUCGCCCAGGCCGUCACUGCCUCUGCUUCAGUCGGCCCCACAAUACAUCAGCUGCGCCUGUCUCCGGGCCAGCUUAUUGUGGUCCUGGCCAAGAACUCAUCUGGCUGGUGGCUGGGAGAACUGCAGGCUCGUGGUAAAAAGCGUCAGAGAGGCUGGGUUUACUCCUCCCACGUCAAGCUGCUCGGACCCUCCAGCAACAAGUCGGCCCCCUCACCUCUGCCAGUGUGCCAAGUCAUCGCCAUGUACGACUACACGGCGGCCAAUCCUGAUGAGCUGAGCUUCUCCAAAGGCCAGCUCAUCAACGUCUUGGACAAGACCAACCCAGAUUGGUGGAAAGGGGAGGCUGACGGCGUUACGGCCCUGCUCCCCACCAACUACGUCAAGAUGACCACCGAGUCCGACCCCAGUCAGCAAUGGUGUGCAGACCUAAUGACUCUGGACACGAUGAGUCCCCAGGAGAGGAAGAGGCAAGGUUACAUCCACGAGCUCAUCCGCACCGAGGAGACCUAUGUGGACGACCUGGAGCUGGUGCUGGAGGUAUUCUACAAGCCUAUGUCAGAAUCCGGUCGACUAACAGAAGCGGAGAUGGGCAUCAUCUUCGUCAACUGGAGAGAGCUUAUCAUGUGCAACACCAAACUGCUCAAGGCACUGCGUAUACGCAAGAAAACGGGCGGCGACAACAUGCCGGUGCAGCUGAUCGGCGAGCUGCUGGCGUCGGAGCUGACGAACAUGCAGCCUUACGUCCGCUUCUGCUCUUGCCAGCUCAACGCCGCCGCCCUGCUGCAGAGCAAAACGCACAACCAGCCUGACUUCAAGGACUUCCUCAAAAAAAUUGCCACUAACUACCGCUGUAAAGGAAUGCCUCUGUCCAGCUUCCUCCUCAAGCCCAUGCAGAGAAUCACACGCUACCCUCUGCUCAUAAAGAACAUCCUGGAGCACACGCCUGACCACCACGCAGACCAAUCGCCCCUGAGAGAGGCUCUGGAGCGGGCCGAGGAGCUGUGCUCUCAGGUCAACGAGGGCGUCAGGGAGAAGGAGAACUCUGAUCGCCUCGAGUGGAUCCAGAGCCACGUGCAGUGUGAUGGGGCUAUCGAGCACUUGGUGUUAAACUCGCUCACUAAUUGCCUCGGGCCACGCAAGUUGCUCCACAGCGGUCGUCUGCACAAGACCAAGAGCAGUCGGGAAUUGUGGGCGUUCCUCUUCAACGACUUCCUGCUCCUGACGCAAGGCACAAAAUCCUUGUCCUCCUCCGGGCCCGACAAGCUGUUCAGCUCCAAGAGCAGCAUCCACCUCAAGAUGUACAAGACGGUAAGUAAAACCAGUGAAACCUGCGUGAUAUCACCUGCGUCACUUGUUUUGUAUUUAUUUUGUCAACAGCCACUGUUCCUCAACGAGGUUUUGGUCAAAAUGCCGCCUGACCCGUCGAGUGAUGAGCCGCUCUUUCUCGUCUCGCACAUUGACCGCGUCUACUCGCUCAGGACAGACACCUUGAAUGAAAGAGCGGCGUGGGUGCAGAAAAUCAAAGCGGCGUCUGAGAUUUUCAUCGAGACAGAGAAGAAAAAACGGGAGAAGGCAUAUCAAGCUCGCUCUCUGAAGACAAGUGGCAUCGGCAGGCUACUGGUAACCGUCUCUGAGGCCCAGGAGCUCAAAGCUUGCAAGCCCAACGGCAAGAGCAACCCUUAUUGUGAGCUGACCAUGGGGGCCCAGUGCUACACGUCCCGACCCGCAAGCAACACGCUAAACCCCAAGUGGAACUUUAACUGCCAGUUCUUUGUCAAAGACCUCUACCAGGACGUCUUGUGCAUCACCGUCUUUGAGAAGGACCAGUUCUCGCCAGACGAUUUCCUUGGCCGCACUGAGGUUCCCGUGGCAACUAUCAAGAAGGAACUGGAGAGCAAAGGUGCCGCCAGUCGCCGCCUACUGCUCCACGAGGUCCCCACUGGAGAAGUUUGGGUCAAGCUGGACCUGCAGCUCUAUGAGCCUCCACCCAAAUGAUACUUCUGAGCCCCUGUGUCAUAUAAGACUGCAAAACCCCCAUUCACAAGUGCCUUCACAUACUAGCAACCUUGUUCUGGAAAAGUGAAUAGGAUUGGCAGCACACUGGAAUACUUUUUUCUUUUUUUUUUCUUUUUUUAAACAAACAACCAUGCGACUUACAAGCCACAACAUUAGGUACACCCACACCAUCUACUCACAAUCAAGACUUUACAGAUACAAUCAUUUCCAAUGUCAAAGAGGUAUUUAACAAUGCAUUAACUGACCUGCUUUUAUUAGUACAAACAUGCCGGGUCUGUUUUAGCUUCUGGACACAAUGCAAACAGCAUAGCAUACUGUCAAUCCUGUGUGAAAUUCAUCAUGCUAAAUUAAUAAAUUGUACAUGCUGUGCA